GCCACGUGUGAAGGGUCGGACACGCCUGUUCCUGACACGCAAUGGCUGCCUCCUCCUACUCGCAUUGGGGCUUCUGAAACCGGUGGGGGGACUCUCUGCUUCCAAGAAGGCUGGAGGAGGACGAUUUGGUCCCUACUCCAACACUCAUGGAUCCCGCAGGAUUGCAGGAGGCCAGUCCAGUGUCUGCAGAUGCAAAAACACAUUUCAAAGUUUGCAGGUUCAUCAUGGAGGCAGGUGUGAAGCUGGGCUUGCGCUCCAUCCCCAUUGCCACAGCUUGUACCAUAUAUCACCGAUUCUUUACGGAAGUGCCUCUGGAACCAUAUGAUCCCUACCUGGUAGCCAUGGCUGCCCUUUACUUAGCAGGGAAGGUAGAAGAACAGCAUCUGCGGACAAGAGACAUUAUCAAUGUGAGCCACAGGUACCUGCACCCCCGGAGUGACACCCUGGAGCUGGACACCCAUUUCUGGGAGUUGAGGGACAGCAUUGUCCAGUGUGAGCUGCUCAUGCUACGGAUGCUCUGCUUCCGUGUCUCCUUCCAGCACCCGCAUAAGUACCUUCUCCACUAUUUACUCUCCCUGAAGCAUUGGAUGAACCGGCACAGCUGGGACCGGACCCCGGUGGCAGUAGCAGCAUGGGCCCUGUUGCGUGACAGCUAUCAUGGGCCCCUGUGCCUCCGGCACGCCCCACAGCAUAUUGCUGUCACUGUCCUUUACCUUGCUCUUCAGUGUUAUGGGGUGGAGGUGCCAGCGGAGGUGGAAGCUGAACGGCCUUGGUGGCAGGUGUUCAGUGAAGAUCUCUCCAAGAGCAUAAUUGAUCAGAUCGUCUUGGACUUGAUAAAGAUCUAUACAUUGGAUGCAGAAAUUGCUUAGGUGCAGAAAUACGGGUGGCUGAGUGUCCUCAAUGAACUGGUCACUUCAAACAGGGCUUGAGGAGGUAACAAGAUGCCCCCGCCCCAACUGAAGAGACCGGCACCAGAUUACUAUCUUGCAUCGCUUUGAGCCUUCCAUCUGAACAGAAUCAGGUUCAGAUCCGCAUCUAUGGCUCAAUAGAGAUGCUACACUUCUGGAUUGGGUUGUUCCCGAAUCAGCCUCUGAUCCAUGGUUCAUCUCCAGUCUUCCCCUUCAACCAACAGAAAGCUGUUCAUCCUGCUAAUUCUAAUGCUGGAUUAGGAAUCUUGGGUUGCAGGAAAUAAGGGGGACGAUCCCUGUUUUCUCCUACAUGUUCACACUAGUUACACAUGAAAUGUGCUGCCAGGAUAUUUCCUCCACCUCUUUCUCUGGUAUUAUUGCCCAAAGUGACAGAACAGCCCCUGCUUUCCUGCUCCAAUGCUGCUGCAAUAAUCAGGUUAGACUGGAGUAAAUCCUGGCUGUGGUCCUGAGCUGCUGAGACCUUGCAGUGUGCAGGCUGAUGUCACUGAUGUGAUUUCUUCAGUAAAUGGAAUGGGGAAAUGGGACUUGCACUGGAGUGCUGCUUUUGCUUCUGACUCCAGUGGUGUGACAUGUUCAGAGAAGUACUAAAGUGAAUGGAUAAAGUUCCUGAACACAGAUUUAUAAAAGGUUUCUCCAGAGGUGGCUUGUGUGUGUCUGCAUCUGUCUGUCUCUGUCUGUUUACAUGUUUGUAGAAUCAAAGAUUUAGUCCAGCCAUCCAGAUAUUGUUGGACAGCAUCUCUCAUCCCUAGGCAGCAUAUCAGUGUUGGGGGUCAUGGAGGUUGUACCUGGAGAUCCACAGAUUCCCUAUGCUGGAUCUAGACAGGCCACACAUACCAUUUUCUAAAGCCCAUUUUACAGGCAAGAGGGUGCACCUCUUGUAUUCCUCCCUCCUCCAUGAUUUAGAAACCCUGGAUGAGAUAAAGGCAAGAAGGCUUUGAUUUGGAAAUGGAAGAGAACACAGGGAAGAAGGAGGAGGAGGAAAAGAAGAAGGGGCAUAGGAAGGUUAUUCUAAGCAAGGUUGUUUUCUCUUUGUCUUGGAGGAUAUUCCAGGAGUCUCAGGUUGUAUCUAUACUGCAGAAACAAAGUAGUAUGACACCACUUUAAAUGCCAUGCCUCCAUCCUACAGAAACAUAGGAUUUGUAGGUUUUUGAGGCACCAGCACUCUUUGAUAGAGAAGGCUAAAGACAUCGUAAAACUACAAAUCUCAGGUUUCCGUAGCACAGAACUACAACACUUAAAGUGGUGUCAAAGUGGAUUACCUUUGCACCCCAUGUGUGAUUUUUAGGGGGGCAUGCCCCGCUGCAUGAUUUUAAAAAUGCUAAUGAAGUAAGCAUCGCACAGACAGGCUUCCUGGAGAACCCCAAGUGACUAACAUGCCCUAUGAGUUGAAUGCUCUUGGGUUUGCUGCCAUAUAAUGUGUGAAAUGGCCUUGGGCCUCUACCAGAAACUGCCAGUAUAUUUUGGAGACUUGGGAACUUAAAACUGGUAUCCUCUCCCUGGUACAGUAGACAAAACGGUGAAAUAAAGAUUAAGGGUAUAGUUUGCUAUGCCCAAGAAGGGCUUUCUGGUGCUAAGACAAGGGACACUAAUCCAUUUACUCAUGUGCACUUCUGGCCAAAGAUAGGAAAGUGUAGAUUCCAGGCAAUCCUAAUUUUGUCCCAGGAGACGGGGGCUUUUAGAAAUAAUGCAUCUUGAACAGUAUUUGCAAACAGUGAAAUCUAGCAUAGUUCUAGUUAGGGAUUAGUCACAGUGAAAGGUUGAUGGGCUACCCUUAAAGCACAGUUCCAUAAUUCACAGGGGCUAGAAAUUUGCCUUUUUUAUAUAAACCAAAGCUAAUACAUGGCAAAAGCACUAGGUUCUAUGGCUGUUUGUAUAUUCUCCUCUAUUUGUGAAAAGUAGCAUACAGAAGUCAGCAGAUUAUGACUGGAGAAUAAGAUUCAAAUCCCAGCUUGGCCAUGAAAUUCACUGAGUGAUCUUGGGCAAGUCACAUUCUCUUAGCCUUAAAGGAUGGUAAUCGCAACCCCCCUCUGAAGAAACACACCAAGAAAACUCCAUGAUAGAUUCGCUUUAGGGUCAUCAUAAGUCAGAAACGACUUAAAAGCACACAACAACAUAAACACAGCCUCAAUUCUACACCAGGAGUCUAGAUUCUGUGACAAGUACUGAGUUCCCAGUCUGGUCAGUGCAGAACAUUUGAGUCCAGGGAAUUGAAUCUCUACCUUUCCUUCUUGGGCCCUAUGUUUACAGUUGUAGACUGAGUAAAAAGGCCAGUAAAAUGAUUAGAAACAACUGUUGGGCGAUGCCUUUAUUAGGAAUAACCGGACUGCCACAAAAAACAAAGCUUUUGAAGUCAGAUCUCUUCAGCAGGUUAUUGCACACACACACACCCUACUGUUGGUACCACUUAGGCUGCAUUUACCCUGCAGAAUUGGACCCUGCUUUAGCUGCCAUGGCUCAAUGCUGUGGAAUCCUGGGAUUUGCAGCUUUGUGAGAUAUUUAUCCUUCUCUGUCAGAGAGCUCUGGUGCCACAACAAACUACAAAACUCAGAGUCCCAUAGGAUGGAACCACGACAGUUUCCAUAGGAUUGAACCAUGCUUUCAGUGUCAAACUGCAUUAAUUCUGAAGUUCGGCAGCAGCCUUAGUCUGGUAAAGAGUUCUGAAGAAUUCAGUAACUUGCAUCCUUUUGUGGCAUUUUUGGCAAUCCUAAUAAAGUUAUUACCCAACUAUG